AAAACUUGGUCCUGGGAGGAGUUUGGUGAAGCCAUGGAGAAGGACUAUCAGUUUUCCUCGUAGAGAUUCUGGCAAAUCAUCCGGCGCCUCAGGAGGGGAAAGCAGUUUUCUGCAGGCACCAUUUUCAGUGCAGGUGGGGAUCUGCUGACCUCAACUGGGGACACUGUCAGGCGGUGGAAGGAAUAUUUUGAGGAUCUCCUCAACACUGCUGACAUGCCUUCCCUUGAAGGAACAGAUUUUAUCAUCAUCAUUUUACUCAGUCAUCUGGCAUGGGUGCAUUUUUGAAGGUUGAUAAAAAACAUAAAACCUCUUAAUUUAGGACUAGGAGUGGAUAAAAAAAAAACGUUUAUUGUACUAUUAUAAGAUAAUUUAAAAAAAAAAACUUAAAUGACAAAAUGGAACAAACCAAUUAUUGGCCAAUGAAACGAAGAUUGAUGGCAGAUGUCAGUUCCAGUUUCUACCAGCAGAUGGAGCCAUGGAGCCAAAGAAAGAAGAACUGUGACAGAACUUUGAUCAACCCAGCUGACCUGUUUCUGUUUGAACCCAAACGUAUCCUCUGUAAAUGAGUAACUACUCAUUUGGACAGAUUUCUACACAGCAGAAACAAGUGAAAAACUAAAGCGUGUAUAUCACGACAUAAAUAAGUUCUUGGGUGAAAAAACGUGAUUUCCACAGAAGCAGAUUUACGGUUAUGAUAUUAUUCUUCAGAGCACUUCAUAGAAGUUGGAGCGCCUCGUGCUCUGAUGACCCACUGAGGAAUUACUUCCGAAAGCACGCGGAGCCAGCCCCUCCCGCUCCCUGGACUCUCCCCUCGGCCUCACUCCGAGGAGGAACCCGGUGCCCCCGGCAGACCGUUUCCAAUUACGCUCCCCCAAGAUGGAGGACUGCAGAUGGCUCGGCUAAUGUUCAGGAGCCGCCGUGACCGUCCAUGUGGCAUUAAGGAGGCUUUUGUUCAGACGGGAGUGGCUGUACACCGUAGCUGUCGGUUUGGGGGGGAGAUCCUGAAGUCCAGGUCGUAGCAGCAGCCAUGAGCUCCGGAGAAGGAGCUGAAGAGACGAAGGACGCCGGGGAUCUGGAGCCGCUGAAGAACGGCUUUUGGAGAAAUGAGGAGAUGAGAGCGAUGGAGGUGCUUCCUAUACUCAAAGAAAAAGUGGCCUUUCUAUCUGGUGGAAGAGACAGGCGGGGAGGUCCUGUGCUAACAUUCCCAUCACGCAGCAACCACGACCGAAUACGAGCCGAUGACCUGAGGAGACUGGUGGCCUACCUCUACAGCAUCCCCAGCGAGGAUGUGUGUAAACAUGGCUUCACAGUCAUCGUUGAUAUGCGCGGCUCCAAGUGGGAAAGCAUCAAACCUUUCCUGAAGAUCCUGCAGGAGUCCUUCCCGUCCUGCAUCCACGUCGCCCUCAUCAUCAAACCGGACAACUUCUGGCAAAAGCAGAGGACCAACUUCGGCAGCUCGAAAUUUGAAUUUGAGACCACAAUGGUGUCACUAGAGGGCCUGACUAAGGUUGUGGACCCCUCCCAGCUGACAGCAGACUUCGACGGCAGCCUGGACUACAACCAUGAGGAGUGGAUCGAGGUGCGUGUGGCGUUCGAGGAGUUCUCUGGUCAUGCCACCCAGAUGCUGGCUCGACUGGAGGAGAUGCAGGAGACCGUGUCCAGAAAAGACUUUCCUCAAGACCUGGAAGGGGCUAGGCAGAUGAUAGAGGAGCAUGCCUCCCUAAAGAAGAAGGUCAUGAAAGCUCCCAUAGAAGAACUGGACACGGAAGGACAAAGGUUGCUCCAGCGCAUCCAGAGCAGCAAGUCCUUCUCUGGCAGCGGCGGCAACACCGCCAGCAACACAGACACCCAGAGCCUGGUGCAGCGGAUCACCCAGCUGCUGGACAAGCUGCACGCCACCAGGCAACAGCUCCACCAGUCCUGGCACGUCCGCAAGCUCCAGUUGGACCAGUGCUUCCAGCUUCGCCUGUUUGAGCAGGACGCCGAGAAGAUGUUCGACUGGAUCAUGCACAACAAGGGUUUGUUCCUGGCAGGCUACACGGAAAUCGGCAACAACCACCCCCACGCCGUGGAGCUGCAGACCCAGCACAAGCACUUUGCUAUGAACUGCAUGAACGUGUACGUGAACAUCAACCGGAUCAUCUCGGUCGGCAAACGGCUCCUGGAUUCGGGUCACUAUGCGUCGCAGCAGAUCAAGCAGAUCUCAGGCCAGCUGGAGCAGGAGUGGAAGGCGUUUGCCGCCGCUCUGGAUGAACGCAGCACACUGUUGGAGAUGUCAGCCAACUUCCAGCAGAAAUGUGACAAGUACAUGAGUAACGUGGACUCGUGGUGCAAGGCGUGUGGAGAGGUGGAUCUUCCCUCUGAGCUGCAGGACCUUGAAGAGGCCAUCCAGCAUCACCAAGGCUUGUACGAGCACAUCACUGCUGUUUAUUCUGAGGUGAGCCAAGACGGCAAAGCUUUGCUGGACAAGCUGCAGCGACCUCUGACCCCGGGCAGCACGGACUCCCUGACAUCGUCAGCGAAUUACUCCAAAGCGGUGCACCACGUCCUGGACAUCAUCCAUGAAGUGCUGCAUCAUCAGAGGCAGCUGGAGAACAUCUGGCAGCACCGCAAAGUGCGGCUCCACCAGCGACUGCAGCUCUGUGUCUUCCAGCAGGACGUCCAGCAGGUGUUGGACUGGAUUGAAAACCAUGGAGAGGCCUUCCUCAGCAAGCACACGGGAGUGGGGAAGUCGCUGCACCGAGCCCGGGCCCUGCAGAAACGACACGAGGACUUUGAGGAAGUGGCUCAGAACACCUACACCAACGCCGACAAGCUGCUGGAGGCGGCGGAGCAGCUGGCUCAGACGGGAGAGUGCGACCCAGAGGAGAUCUACCAGGCGGCCCACCAGCUGGAGGACAGAAUUCAGGAUUUCGUACGGCGUGUAGAGCAGCGCAAAGUCCUGCUGGACAUGAGUGUGGCCUUUCACACGCACGUCAAAGAGCUGUGGACGUGGCUGGAGGAGCUCCAGAAAGAACUUCUAGACGACGUUUACGCCGAGUCUGUGGAGGCCGUCCAGGAUCUGAUCAAGCGCUUUGGACAGCAGCAGCAGACCAUGCUGCAGUUCACCGUCAACAUCAUCAAGGAGGGGGAGGAGCUCAUCCAGCAGCUGAGGGACUCGGCCAUCUCCAGCAACAAGACGCCGCACAACAGCUCCAUCAACCACAUCGAGAGCGUCCUCCAGCAGCUGGACGAGACCCAGGCUCAGAUAGAAGACCUGUUCCAGGACAGGAAGAUCAAACUGGACCUGUUCUUGCAGCUUCGCAUAUUUGAGAGAGAUGCCAUCGAUAUCAUCUCUGACCUGGAGUCGUGGAACGAGGAGCUGACGGGUCAGAUGAAUGAUUUUGACACGGAGGACCUGACGGUGGCGGAGCAGAGGCUGCAGCACCACGCCGACAAGGCCCUGACCAUGAACAACCUCACCUUCGAUGUCAUCCAUCAGGGACAAGAGCUGCUGCACUUUGUCAACGACUUCCAGGCUUCUGGUGUCGUGCUGCUCUGCGAUCGCGAUGUGGACAUGGCCACUCGGGUCCGAGAACUGCUGGAAUUCCUCCACGACAAGCAGCAGGAGCUGGAUUUAGCAGCCGAGCGGCACCGCAGACACUUGGAGCAGUGUGUGCAGCUGAGACACCUCCAGGCUGAGGUCAAGCAGGUUCUGGGCUGGAUUCGUAACGGCGAGUCGAUGCUGAACGCCGGCGUCAUCACAGCCAGCUGCCUGCAGGAAGCCGAGCAGCUGCAGCGCGAGCACGAGCAGUUCCAACAUGCCAUCGAGAAAACCCACCAGAGUGCUCUGCAGGUCCAGCAGAAGGCAGAGGCUUUACUCCAGGCCAACCACUACGACACCGACCUGAUCCGAGACUGUGCGGAGAACGUGGCUUCCCACUGGCAGCAGCUCAUGCUGAAGAUGGAGGAUCGGCUCAAGCUGGUCAACGCCUCCGUGGCCUUCUUCAAGACCUCUGAGCAGGUUUGCAGUGUGCUGGAGAGCCUGGAGCAGGAGUACAAGAGAGAGGAGGACUGGUGCGGGGGCGGAGACAAGCUGGGUCCCAACUGUGAAACGGACCACGUCACCCCAAUGAUCAGCAAGCACCUGGAGCAGAAGGAGGCCUUCCUCAAGGCUUGUACUCUGGCCAGGAGAAACGCUGAUGUCUUCCUCAAGUACAUGCACAGGAACAGUGUCAACAUGCCCGGUAUGCUGAGCCACGUCAAAGCGCCAGAACAACAGGUCAAAAACAUCCUGAAUGAGCUGCUGCAGAGGGAAAACCGUGUGCUCCACUUCUGGACCUUGAGGAAGCGGCGGCUGGACCAGUGUCAUCAGUACGUGGUCUUUGAACGAAACGCCAAACAGGCUCUGGAGUGGAUCCACGACACGGGGGAGUUCUACCUGUCCACACACACAUCCACCGGCUCCAGCAUCCACCACACACAGGAGCUCCUGAAGGAGCAUGAAGUCUUUCACAUCACUGCCAAACAAACCAAGGAAAAGGUGAAGCUGCUGAUCCAGUUGGCCGAGGGCUUCUGUGAGAAAGGUCACAGUCACACCGUAGAGAUCAAGAAGCUGGUGACCACCGUGGACAAACGCUACAGAGACUUCUCCAUGUCCAUGGACAAGUACCGCUGCAGUCUGGAGAAAGCCCUGGGCAUCUCCACCGACCCCAACAAAGCUCAGAGCAAAGAUCUCCAGCUGGACAUCAUCCAGGCCUCUGCACCGGGGCCAGAGGUCAAGCUGAGGGACGCCGCAGCACAUGAGCUGAACGAAGAGAAGCGCAAGUCUGCACGCAGGAAGGAGUUCAUCAUGACUGAGCUGAUCCAGACAGAAAAAACCUACGUCAGAGAUCUGCGGGAGUGCAUGGAUACCUACAUGUGGGAGAUGACCAGCGGAGUGGAGGAGAUUCCUUCAGGAAUUGUCAACAAGGAGUACAUCAUCUUUGGAAACAUGCAGGACCUCUUUGAAUUCCACCAGAACAUCUUCCUGAAAGAACUGGAGAAAUACGAGCAGCUCCCCGAGGAUGUUGGACAUUGUUUCGUCACCUGGGCCGAUAAGUUCCAGAUGUAUGUGAACUACUGCAGGAACAAACCCGACUCCACUCAGCUCAUCCUGGAACACGCUGGAAACUACUUUGAUGAAAUCCAACAGCGCCACCGCCUGGCCAACACCAUUUCUUCCUAUCUGAUCAAGCCAGUGCAGAGAAUCACUAAGUAUCAGCUCCUUCUGAAGGAGCUGCUCACCUGCUGCGAAGAGGGGAAAGGAGAGAUCAAGGAGGGCCUGGAGGUGAUGCUCAGCGUUCCCAAGAGAGCCAACGACGCCAUGCACCUCUCCAUGCUGGAAGGAUUCGAUGAAAACCUGGAGUCACAGGGAGAGCUCAUCCUCCAGGAUUCUUUCCAGGUCUGGGAUCCAAAGACUCUGAUCCGAAAGGGUCGAGAGCGCCACCUGUUCCUCUUCGAGAUGUCGCUCGUCUUGAGUAAAGAGGUCAAGGACUCAAACGGCCGGAGCAAAUACAUCUACAAGAACAAACUUUAUACGUCCGAGCUGGGAGUUACGGAGCACGUCGAAGGCGAUCCCUGCAAGUUUGCUCUGUGGGUGGGGCGCACGCCCACCUCUGACAACAAGAUCGUGCUCAAGCUAAGUCAGGGAGCCAAACAUGGAGCGACGGCUUCCAAUAUUGAGAACAAGCAGGACUGGAUCAAGCACAUCAGGGAAGUGAUCCAGGAGCGAACCAUUCACCUGAGGGGAGCUCUCAAGGAGCCCAUCCACAUUCCCAAAACCACUACAGCCAAGCACCACAAGGGGCGGAGGGAUGGAGAGGACCUGGACAGUCAGGGUGAAGGCAGCAGCCAACCGGACACCAUCUCACUGGCAUCUCGGACCUCUCAGAACACGUUAGACAGCGAUAAGCUCUCUGGGGGGUGUGAGCUGAUCGUGGUGAUCCACGACUUCAUGGCGAGCAACAACAACGAGCUGACAGUGCGCUGUGGCCAGACGGUCGAGAUUCUGGAGCGGUGCCACGACAAGCCCGACUGGUGCCUGGUCCGGACCAUAGACCGCUCCCCGCCUCAGGAAGGCCUGGUUCCCUGCUCCAUGCUCUGCAUCGCCCACUCCCGCUCCUCCUUGGAAAUGGAGGGGAUCUUUAACCACAAAGACACUCUGUCGGUGUGCAGCAAUGACUCCAUCAUGGCCGGUUCUUCUGCCACGCUCCAGCCGGGUCACGGCAUCAGCUCUCAUGCCUCUCCCGGGCCCAAACGCCCAGGUAAUACCCUUCGAAAGUGGCUCACCAGCCCAGUGCGCCGGCUGAGCAGCGGCAAAGCAGACGGCCACGUGAAGAAGCUCGCCAACAAGCACAAGAAGGGCCACGACGUGAGGAAGAGCAGGGAGAUAACCGUGGGCUCCCAGAGAGACUCGGACGACUGCGCUGCCACUCCUCAAGAUGAAAUGCUCGAGGAGAGAGUUCGUAACGAGGGCCUGUCAAGUGGAACGCUGUCCAAGUCCAGUUCAUCAGGCAUGCAGAGCUGCGGGGAGGAGGAGGGGGAGGAGGGCGCAGACUCUGUCCCUCUACCGCCCCCCAUGGCCAUCCAACAACACUGCCUGCUGCAACCAGAGUCACAGGAGGACAAGACGUCCUCAUGGCUGUCCGUCCACCCGUCCAGCUCAGAAACACCCAGCACUGCUGAACUCGUGAGCGCCAUCCAGGACUUGGUCAAAAGCAAGAUGGCUCCAGAGGACAGAGCGAGCUCUCUGUCAGCGGACCAGACAGACUCUUUCAACCCCUCCUCCUCCAUGGAAGAGAUGGACGAACGCCGAUCCAGCAUCCUCACCAAAAGACGGGUCAUCUUGCUGGAGCUGGUGGAGACGGAGCGAGAGUACGUCAGAGAUCUCUGCGUGUUGGUGGAGGGCUACAUGAGCAAGAUGGCGGAGGAGGGAGUCCCUGACGACAUGAAGGGGAAAGACAAAAUAGUCUUCGGCAACAUCCAUCAGAUCUACGUCUGGCAUAAAGAUUUCUUCCUCGGGGAGCUGGAGAAGUGUCUGGAAGACCCCGACAGACUGGGACCGCUCUUUCUCAAACAGGAGCGAAAGCUAAACAUGUACAUUACGUACUGCCAAAACAAGUCCAAGUCGGAGCACAUCGUCUCGGAGUACAUGGACACCUACUUUGAGGACCUGAGGCAGCGUUUGGGUCAGCGCCUGCAAAUCACCGAGCUGCUCCUCAAGCCCGUCCAGAGGAUCCUGAAGUACCAGCUGCUGCUGAAGGAUCUCCUCAAACACUCCAAAAAGGCUGGACUGGAGUCUGUGGAUUUAGAGAGGGCGGUGAAGGUCAUGUGCAUUGUGCCAAAACGCUGUAACGACAUGAUGAACAUCGGCCGGCUGCAAGGAUUCGAUGGGAAGAUUGCAGCCCAGGGCCGGCUGCUGCUCCAGGACACCUUCAUGGUGUCCGACCCGGAGGGGGUUCUGCUCGGUCGGAUGAAGGAGAGGAGAGUGUUCCUGUUUGAGCAGCUGGUCAUCUUCAGCAAACCCCUGGAUCAACAGGCGGGUUUGGGUCUGCCGGGCUUCCUCUACAAGAACAGCAUCAAGGUGAGCUGCUUGGGCCUGGAGGAGAGUGUAGAAGGCGAUCCCUGCAAGUUCAUCCUCACUUCUCGCUCGCCCGGCGGCGCGCUGGAGUCCUUUGUGCUUCACUCCUCCCACCUGGGCGUGCGUGAAGUUUGGACUCUCCAGAUCCAGCAGAUACUUGGGAGCCAGAGGAACUGUCUCAGUGAAUACCAGAACCACGUUGAAACGAGCACUUUUGUGGAGGCAGGCAGCGCCGUUUCUGGAUCGUCUCUCACUACUGGUGAAGGAAAUUUCCAAAGUGGCCACAACCACUCCGGGCCCCAGGGGGGCUCCUGUCGGCCGUCCAGGAUCCCACAGCCUGCCCGUUUGCACCUGCGCCCCCACCUGGGGAGCGAUCCGGAGGGACCCAGCAGGAUUUCAGGUUCGACCCCCCGCCCCGUCCCUUCUCCCGCGCUCCCUGUUGGGAGCAGUCCACGAGGCAAGUGCUCUGUCCAGACCUCAGAGGACAAGGCACUUGCCCCCCCUUCUGCCAGCACCACACCCCCCAACCCAUGUGGGUCUUUGCCCUCCACGCCAACCUCCAAACCACGGCAAGGAGCCGUGUCCCCCAUGGCCUCCCCCCUGGUCCCUCCUGCUUUUGGCAAGGAGGCGUUCCCCCCUCCACCAUCUAGCCCGUGCCAAAAGCUUGGACCAGGAUUCUGGAGCUCCGUCCCAGGCUCUCCAGUUAGCCGGCCCGGCGCGUUCACCUUUUCAGGGGAAGGUGGCGAGGUCCAGGUCCGUCAGGGCUCAAACCUCCAGAGUGGCUGUGGGAGUCAGAUCCAGAGACUCUCCGUGCACAGCAAGGAGGCUGAUCGCAUGAGCACAUGCUCCUCAGCCAGCGAGCAGUCUAUCCAGUCCACCCAGAGUAACGGGAGUGAAAGCAGCAGCAGCAGCGUGUCCACCAUGCUGGUGACGCAGGACUACAUGGCGGUGAAGGAGGAUGAGAUCAGUGUUGCUCAGGGCGAGGUGGUCCAGAUUUUGGCCAGCAACCAGCAAAACAUGUUUUUGGUGUUCAGAGCUGCAACCGAGCAGGGCCCCGCCGCCGAGGGCUGGAUUCCUGGAUUCGUGCUGGGACACACGUCAGCGGUCGCUCCCGACGCCACCGACAUCAACAUCAACAGGAAGUCUUCGUCCUGGCACGCAUCCCUGCGCAUUCGGAAGAAGUCUGAGAAGAAGGAAAAGGAGGUGAAGAAGGAGAGCAAACUGGAAAACGGCUACAGGAAGUCCAGAGACGGAACGCCCCAUAAGGUUUCUGUAAAGCUUCUAAACCCAAACUACAUUUACGAUGCUCCUCCAGAGUUCCUCGUCCCCCUGAGCGACGUGACGUGCGACAGCGGGGAGAGCGCCAUGCUCAGCUGUAAGGUCUGCGGUCGACCCCGCCCCACCGUCAGCUGGAGAGGACCCAACCAGAACCACCUCACCAACAACGAGCGCUUCAGCAUCACGUACAGUGACUCGGGAGACGCCACGCUGCGGAUCAUCGGCACGGCCUCCGAGGACGACGGCGUCUACACCUGUGUUGCUACCAACGAGCUGGGCAGCGUCAGGUCGUCGGCCAGCCUCCGCGUGCUGGCCGUGACCACGGAUGGGGUCCAGGUGAACUGGAAGGACAACUUUGAGUCUCACUACAUGGAGGUGGUCGAACUGGGAAGAGGUCGUUUCUCUGUGGUGAAGCGCUGUGACCACCGCAGUACCAAACGCACCGUGGCCGUCAAACACAUCAACAAGAAGCUGAUGAGGAGAGACCAAGUGACCCAGGAACUCAACCUGCUCUGGAGACUCAAACACCCUCACAUCGUGAGCCUGCUGGACACCUUUGAGACCUCCAGCAGCUAUGCCCUGGUUCUGGAGCUGGCGGAUCAGGGACGUCUGCUGGACUACAUCGUGAGCUGGGGGAACCUGACCGAAGAGAAAGUGGCGAGCUACAUGCGCAACGUCUUAGAAGCUUUACACUAUCUGCACAAUUGCAGGAUUGCGCACCUGGACGUGAAACCUGAGAACCUCCUGGUUACCCACAAUGCCAGUGGCCAACCAGUCGUCAAACUGGCAGACUUGGGUGACGCGGUGCAGCUCAACAGCGCUCAUUACAUCCACCCCCUGCUGGGCAGCCCGGAGUUUGCGUCGCCCGAGUUGGUUCUGGGCGAGCCGGUGUCACUGUCCUCCGACCUGUGGAGUGUGGGCGUGAUGACCUACGUGCUGCUGAGCGGCGCCUCCCCCUUCCUGGACGAGAGCGCGGAGGAGACCUGCCUCAACAUCUGCCGGCUGGACUUCAGCUUCCCCAGAGACUACUUCCACGGCGUCAGCCAGGCGGCGCGGGACUUCGUCUGCCUGCUGCUGCGCACCGAGCCCGGCAGGAGGCCGCCGGUCGGCCUCUGCCUGCAGGAGGCGUGGCUGCGGGCCGGGCAGAGCGGCAGGGCGGAGACCUGCCUGGACACCUCGCGCCUCAUCUCCUUCAUCGACAGGAGGAAGCAUCAGACGGACACCCGGCCCAUCGGAGGCGUGCGGAGCUUCAUCCAGAGCCGGCUCCAGUCUCAGAUCUGAGCGUUUGCUUUGAUCAGCACUGAUCUCAUCCUCCCUCACUGUCGUCAGAGUUAUUCCCCCUUUAGGUUCCCAUUAGCAGGAGCAUUAAGGAAAAAUCCCGUUUAUCACAUUGAAGCUGCUGCUGUGGACCAUGAAACCGAUCAGCAGGAACAAGCCUUAUCCUGAACCAGACCCCCAACGCUGGAGCCGGAGCCUGAAUGUGGACAAUGAACUGUAAACGCACUUGUGAUGUUUUGUUUAUCAUGUGCAAUGUUGCGGCUUUAAUAUGUAUGCAAGUAUUUAUGAAGAUUUCUGAUUAAAUCAAGGGACUGUUCUCUGUGUGACAGACUCAACCUGCAAACCCUGGAGAGGAAUCCCACUUUUGUACUGUGCGCCUGCGUACGAUUGUCCUGAAACAGUCGUGUUGGUACACCAAAGUGACUCUAGCUUUAUAGUACUUGAUACACAGAGGAUUUUGAUGUACUCCUGCUGGUUUACAUGAGCAGAAACACUCCUGGAGGCUUUUCUAAAAAGACAGGAGCGUGAAGGACAUUUCAAACAGUGUUUUACCUUCAGUGUAGAUAUUUGCUGUCAAUAUCUUUCAUUAACUUUAAAAGAAAAAUGGUUUAAUGAUGCGGCUUUUCCUAAAGCGAAGAGUCACAAAUGAGACUAACCCAGAAUCGACGCCUUGCUGGCUUUUAUUUAUUUUAAGAGUUGUUUGCUUUAGGCCAUUAAACAACAAACUGCGACUGUUUACCUCGGUUUGAGUUUGUUUACCAUUUUGUCCUUUUUUGCUGUUUCAUAAAUGACACAUGCUAAUUUUAUUUCUUUUUUAAUCUUUGCAUGUAUAUUUCUUUGUACAGAUCACACACUUACCUGUAAAAAAUAUCAUUUUGCCAUGAGUUAUUUGAAGAUUAAACGAUAUAAACACGU